UCUCCGAACUUGCUAAAAGUUUUCGAGUUAUCAAAAAACUGGGGAGAAAAACCCAGAAUGGCAGUUUCAGCGACGCCUUCACUGCCCAAUCUUCAAAUUAGCAGCAAACACAAUUUCAAUUACAACAAUAAUAAUAGCACUCAUCUCAUCUUCAGCUUUCCCUGCAGAAGAAGCACUACUAGUCGCACACGCCCAGCCGUUAUCACUUCCUCCCAGAAACCGAGAAGUGAAAUGGCGACUAAUCAGAAGAGGGAGUUACUGGAACAAUACGGUCUUAAUCCCGAUGAUUAUAUGGAAAAGCCUCCUCCCAAGACUAGGAGGAGAAAGGAUAUGCAGGAGGGAAGAGGAAAGAAAGGCCUGCCCGAGGAAAAGAAAGUGAGGCAGAUUCGGGAGACUCACAAACUGCUCCAGGUUCUUGGAGGGAAGGCUAAAAGGAAGAAAUUGAUCUCACCAAAAGGCAUGGAUGUACGGCCGAUGAUGGAAGUUGUGAAAGGUGCAGCCUUUGCUAUGUUGCAGUCUGCUGGUGGUUGUCCUGCGUCAUUGAGGCCUGGUCGAUGGUUAGACUUGUACAGUGGAACAGGAUCCGUUGGCAUUGAGGCUCUUAGCCGAGGAUGUUCUGAGGUGCAUUUUGUUGAAAUGGAUCCAUGGGUUGUCUCCGAUAUUCUGCGCCCUAAUCUAGAAUGGACCGGCUUUCUUGAUGUUUCUGUUAUACAUACUGUUCGUGUUGAGAGUUUUCUGGAUCGAGCAGAACAGUUUGUAGGUAAAGAUGGGCCUUUUGAUUAUGUAAGUGUUACACCUCCUUACACACAAGUAGAUUAUGGGGUGCUUAUGAAUCAAGUUGCAACGUCAUCUUUGAUCGGAGAAGAUACUUUAAUAUUAGUGGAGUAUCCUUCGAGAACUGAUAUGUUGGAUUCCUGUGGAAGUCUUAUGAAGAUAGCUGACCGCCGAUUUGGUCGGACUCAUUUAGCAAUAUAUGGACCUGUUUGGGCCAAGAAAAAGAGGAAGUCAGAUAUCUCACAUCAAGCUGUAUCAGAAAUAUCAGCUUAAGUUAGCAUGAUACAACAUAGCUUUUCCGAUGCUCCUUUUUGUUAGUGCAAUAUCUUCUGCUGUUGGUACUACACAUCAUUUGACAUUAUAUUUGAAGUUUAUAUCUAUAGACUGCCGUUGGUAUGGGUUCAAAUUUGCUUCUCUGUGUUUCAAGGUCAUUGCACUCAUGACGCAAAGGCUUUCAUUGUUCCUGUGUUGCUAAACUUGUAAGAGGAGGAAACAUGACACCACAACUUUGCCCAGCACCUAAGAUAGUAUGUUUGAUACAUGUAUUGCAGGCGGAAUUGACAUAUAGAUGUAUAUAUUCUUAUCCCCCUUGCCCCAAGUAAUAGAAUGUGUAAAAUUGUCCUUUGAAUUGCUUAUGUGCACUUUUUUUGUUUUCUUUAGUUGAUCAUUUACUUUGGAUUAGUAUGCCCGGUACUUUAGAAUAGUAGAAUCACCAUGUGAUAAACUUACUGCUAAUGCCAAAACAUGCAUUGACAAGCUUGGUGCUAGCAUUGAGUUGUUGCUGUAUGAGUAUCUUCAUAUCGUAUUAAAAAAGCUGUAGGAAUGCAAUAUGGCUUCCUACUUGAUGCUCA